AACAGUGGAAGGCGGAAGCGCAGAAUGUCCAGGAUGCUGUUCCUGGUGUCGUUGCUCCUGCUCAGUGUCGUCGAGGCUGGAGACCAGGUGCUGUCAGCCACCCACAGUCCAUCUACCAGCCUGCCGGGUACAACCGCCCGGCCCAAGAAUAAUCCUGGGGAAGUGUUACCGACGUUUUCGGCCGUAGGAAGCCCGGGCAAACCGGGGGACCCGCAACCGCCACCGCAGGCUGCGGGCCAAGAAGCCACCCACCCUGAGCCGAAGGCCCAGGAACAAAACUCCGGAAAUGCCAUCAAGAAGCAGCCUGAGACCGAGAUGAGGCUGAAGUCAGCGGAAGGAACAUCCUCUAAGCCUGGGGGAAGAGAGUCUACCAACUCCUCGGGGUCGGAGCUGAAGGCCAGGGAAGGAGUGGAAUCCCGCAACCCUGUAGAGCCAGGGACGAAGUCUGCGGAAGAACACUCUAACCCUGUGAGAACUGAGACGAAGUCUGCGGAAGGAAAGUCGGCCAAGCCCACAGUCACGAAGGAGCAGUCCCCAGAAGGAGUCUCCAACAAGCCUAACUCCAGCCCCUCUGUUAAGGAGACCCCCAAGACUGACGAAAUCCAGCUAGAUGGAGGAGAGACGCCUCCACAGAUUUCCAAAACAGAAUCUGGGGAGACACUGACAGUGGACUCUGAGCUCUCUUCUCGUCAGCAGGAGGGCGAGGAAAAGCCUUCAGAACCCACUGAGGAAGUGGAGCCCAAGGAGACUGAAGGGGAUUCAGAGAUUGCAGAGGGCCCACCUCCCGAUGAAGAGAAAGAAAACGUGCCCGGCCCUGCCUCCAGUGACAACCGUGAAGGGACACUUUUGGAUCCUAUGAGUAAUGGGAAAGAUGACCUUUAUAAGGACAAUCCUGGGAGUGCCCACGCAGAGAGCAGUCAUUUCUUUGCAUAUCUAGUGACCGCUGCCAUUCUUGUGGCUGUGCUCUAUAUUGCCUAUCACAACAAGCGGAAGAUUAUUGCUUUUGCUUUGGAAGGAAAAAGAUCCAAAGUCACUCGUAGGCCAAAGGCUAGUGACUACCAACGUCUGAAUCUAAAGCUUUGAUCUACAUCUUCAAGAACUUUGUCCUCCCUGCUGAUUUGUUUCCAAAUCAAGAGAAAUGAAAAAUACUGUGACCUCCUCUGGGGUUUGGUGGCAAGUCUGGGCUGGCAAAGACAGGGGAUUGAUUGCUUUGGGUUUUGCACCUGUACUUUGGUGAUACUGUGCUCUGUGACCAUUGUACUUUUGUGUUCCCUUGAUGCUGAAGUGUUCCAUUCAUCCUUUCUUCCUCUUGAAUGUGAAUAAGGGAGCAUGUGGAAACACGGCUAUGACCAAAAGGAGACUCCAGCCCUGGGCAGGCUAUACUGCUGACCACCCUCCCUUGGCUUUGGCUCUGUAGUGAAGUUAGCUCUUGACUGUAGCAUUGCACUAUUUAUCUUUGCAGAACUAAGAGAAAACUCUGUAAUCAAAAGUUUUUUCUACUAAGGCCUCUUUUGAAUUGAUACACCCUUUUAGAAGAUGAUGAAAUGCUGAUGGGCAGAGGACUAUUUUGGAUAUGAAAUUUACUUCAAAGAGUUUAAGAGCAAACCAAAAUAGCAGGCUAAAAGUGCUUUAUUGCCUGUAAAUUUAAUUAAUCAAGUAUAGUUCUCUGCAUUUUUCUUUUGUGAGCACAAAACUGAACUUAGGGUUUCUGGGAGUAAAGCCACUGUCCCAUCAGAUUGCUUUAUAAACGUGCUUAUGAUUAUUGAAACAGUGUCUCCUUUCCUACAUUUGUAAUCAGUAGAACUUCCUGAAAAUGGGCAAAUUCAUAUUAUGUGUAAGAAACCAUAUAGGAGGGUUUUAGUCUGUUCCCCCCCCCCAAAGGGCUUUAUAUAACAGGUUUCCCACAAACUUCUUCACCUUUGUUGUCUAAAAUAGAGAAAAUAUUUAUAUUUAGAAACUAAAUGCAUUGUGCACAUUUUACUUUAAUCUGUUUAAUGGUCCUCUCCUCUAAAAUAUUAAGGAUAACUAGUAGAAGUUUUUGUUUUCAUUUUAGGGGUCCUUAAACUUUAAGAAGUCCAGUGGGCUCCCCUGAAGUAACUGAGAGUAGUGUCUUAGACGACACUGUUGUUCAAAGUUUUAUUUCAGUCUGCCUAAAGAGAGGUGAAUCUCAGCUAAUCUCAGGGACAUGCAAAGAAUGUAGGAGGAGGAGGUAAGAUGAACUCUGUUGAGCAGUCUAAAAAAGAGACCAUCCU